AUGGAGGACCAAAUUCAUAGUAGGAAUGUUGAUCAAGUACUUGAAAUGCAACCUUGUCUGCGAUCUUCACUUGACGUACACAUAGAGCCAAAACCUUCUCCGACAUCCUCAAUGGUCACCAUGGAGGAAAUUGCCCCACAAAAUGACACCAUAUCUGAUGAAAAAGAAACACGACUGUCAAACCAAAUUUGUUGUUUUAUAAAGUCAGUAAAAGACAAAAGGCUGUCUACAGCAGAGAAGAAUGUUAGAAGAUACUACAAACAAAUGGAACAGACUAAAUCCACCCUUGAGCAAAUUGAUACUCAAGAAUUACGAAGAAGAAGCAUGGCUUCAGAAGAUGGCAAGGAGUUGAACAUAUCUGUUGCUGUAAGACUGAGCUUGUUAUGUAACAUUGGAUUACUUGUUUGCAAAGCAGUUGCGACACAUUUGUCUGGUUCAAUGUCAAUCAUUUCCAGCUUAGUAGACAGUGCUGUUGACCUGAUGUCUGGUUUGGUUGUUUGCUACACAUCUCAUGCCAUCAAAUGCACUAACUACUACGAGUAUCCUGAAGGAAAAACACGUCUGGAGCCUAUCAGUAUAAUAGUGUUGGCAGUCAUCAUGGCAGUGGCCUCUAUACAAGUUAUAAUCACAUCGGUUACAAAGAUAAUAGAAAACUCUGCUAAUCCUGAUAUAACUACUGGCACAAUUGCUAUCAUUGCCGUGACAGUUGUAAUCAAAAUGCUUUUGUUUCUGUACUGCCGACAUAUUAAAAGUCCUUCCACUAAUGUGUUGGCACAGGACCACAGAAAUGAUGUAUUGUCUAAUGCUGUUGCUUUAGGAUUUGGGUUUCUUGGGUUCAAAGUAUGGAGGAAUGCUGAUCCAUUAGGUGCCAUCUUAAUAAGCAUUUACAUAUUUUUGGGCUGGUAUAGAACUGGAAGGCAACAAAUCCGUGACUUAACAGGACACGCUGCAUGCCCGCUAAUACUACAGAAACUGCUGUGGGUUUGUAUGACCCACGAUCCAAGAAUUCAGUUUAUUGACACGUUAAGAGCCUAUCAUUUUGGGUAUAAUAUCCUUGUAGAGGCACAUAUUGUCUUACCCUCUGAUAUGAACCUAUGCGAAGCACAUGACAUUGGCGAGUCACUUCAAAACAAACUGGAAAGCCACUCUGAGGUUGAAAGAGCCUUUGUUCACAUUGACUAUGACUUUGAACAUCAUCCCAGCAUGGAGCAUAAGAUGGGCCAACCAUGCAAAGUCACUGUUGACUUUUCAGGAGAGUGA